UCCAGAACAAUUCCUUACCGAGAGAGAGAGAGAGAGAGAGAGAGAGAGAGAGAGCGAGGCGAAAGGCGAGAGUGAUGGCGGCGGUGAGGGCGGGCUUCCGGCGGCUUUUCUCCAUCUCUGCCUUCUCUCCUCCGCUUCCCGCAGCCGCCGCUUCGGCGGCCGAGCCGUCGUCCAACCUCUUCGUCUCAGGGCUUAGCAAGCGUACUACAUCGGAGGGACUCAAUGAAGCGUUUUCAAAGUUUGGUCAAGUAGUCCAAGGUAUCUGUUUCUUCUUAAGGACUUCUAUGAGGGACCCCAUCCACAAGAUGCUAACUGUAAUUUAUGUGCAUAUUACAGCAAGGGUUGUGACUGAUCGUGUAUCAGGAUAUUCUAAAGGUUUUGGUUUUGUAAGAUACACAACGGUAGAAGAAGCAGCAGAAGGCAUAAAAGGCAUGGAUGGCAAGUUUCUGGAUGGUUGGGUUAUUUUUGCUGAGUAUGCUAGACCCCGGCCGCCUCCACAAGGACCGCCACAACCUUAAACACCAGCACAGCCGCUUCACAUGUUCAUCUGGCUAUCAGUAGAGGUUUGAGGACCUCCAAAGAUUUUGAUAUUUUAUGGGAGCAAGACAGUUUUCAAAUGUUUGAAUGAGUGCCUUGAUUGCACUGAUUGUCAUUUGGUGGGAAGCAGGACCUAUUUGAUGAUGUAAUGGAAGUAUGACGCAUGUUUGAAAGACUUAUUAUAUAGACCUAUAAUUUGCUUAUGGGUUUGCAUCCGUGUAUGUGCUAACUUGAAUGCGAAGAAUCGACAUAAAGCUUUUUAUGGGUCUGUCAUAAGGUAUUUUAUAGUGAUGUUUGUUUCAGGCUUCGCCCUA